AUCAUCUUUUAGGCCUCUUGUCAAAUAUUAUGUUAUCAGAUUCUUAAUGGAGUUUAGGAGUUGCCGCAUGAUACUACCACCUUAUCGUUCAUAUCAAAUAUUAUUUGAGUAAAUUAUUUCAUCUUUAGAAGCCAACUUCUUCAUAUACUUUCUCCUUAAUUAGGCCUACUAAUAUACUAGUUGUAUACCAAACCCAAUUUUCCCAACUAGGGGGCUAUAUCACACUCAUUAAUCAUUAUGGGUGUAGAUUUGAUUGAGCUCAGCCACCACCUCAUUCAGUCCUCUCCCUCCCUUUCCUCAUUCAAACCUCUCCAAGCCUCCCUCUUGCGCCGCAAUGCCUCCACGUCCGUCUUCAACUCCAUCAUCCUCCUCCUCUCCUCUUCAAACCUCCAUUCUCUCUCCCUCUCCCUCUACUCUCUCAUGCUCUCCUCCUCCAUCGCCGUCCCCGACCGCUUCACCUUCCCUCCCCUCCUCAAAUCCUGCUCCCAACUCUGCAAUUUCCCCCUCGGCCUCUCUCUCCACCGUCACGCUUCACAUCUCAACCUCGAUUCCGACCUGUUCAUCACUAACUCACUCAUCUCCUUCUACUCAAAAUGUGGCCAUUUGGACGCUGCCCAACUCCUGUUCGAUCAAAUGCCUCAGAGGAUGAGAAAUGUUGUCUCUUGGACAGCUAUCAUCGGUGCCCACGCCCAUAAUGGAAAACCUGGGAUGUCGCUGUCCCUUUUUCGGAGAAUGGUGGACGUUGGGAUUAGACCCAACAGACCCACUUUCUUGAAUGUGAUGGGUUGUGUCUCGGAGGCUAGGGAGGCCGAUGAAUUGAGGGAAAUGGUGAGAAGGGAGAGGCUCGAUGACGAUGUUUGUGUUAAGAAUGCGAUGAUAGGGAUGUAUUCUAGGUGUGGGAGGGUGGGGUUUGCGAGGAGGGUCUUUGAUGGGAUGGUGGAGAAGGAUUUGGUGUCAUGGAGUUCGAUGAUUGAGGGGUAUGGGAGGGCCGAUUUGUAUUUUGAAGCGUUGGAGGUUUUUAAGGAGAUGAGGGUUAGCGGGAUCGUUAUCGACUAUGUGGCUUUACUUGGUUUGAUCAGGGCUUGUGCAAAUUCGACUCUGGGGGCACUUAGGCAGGCUCAGUUCAUUCAUGGGGUUGUGGUUAGGAGCUUUCUUGAGAAGAACAUUAUGGUGGGUACGGCUCUUGUUGAUCUCUAUGUGAAGAGAGGGAGGCUGAGGACUGCUCGAAGAUUGUUUGAUAGGAUGAAGGACAGGAACUUGAUUUCAUGGAGCACAAUGAUCUCAGGUUAUGGAAUGCAUGGAUUUGGAAAGGAUGCUCUUGAGCUCUUUGAUCAAAUGAAAAGUCUAAUAAGACCCGAUCACAUUGUAUUUGUUGCUGUUCUUUCAGCCUGUAGCCAUUCGGGCUUGAUCAAUGAAGGGUGGGAAUGCUUUAAUUCAAUGGAGAAAGAGUUUGGAAUAGUUCCUAGAGCAGAGCAUUAUGCUUGUAUGGUCGAUCUCUUGGGGAGAGGAGGAAAGCUUAUAGAAGCUCGUAAUUUUAUAGAAAGAAUGCCGAUACAACCAGACUCGAGUGUUUGGGGUGCAUUGCUUGGAGCUUGUAGAAUGCAUCCAGAUGUAGAGAUUGCAGAAUUAGCAGCAAGAUCUCUUUUUGAGCUUGAUGCCAAGAACUCGGGACGCUACAUUCUCUUGUCGAAUGUUUACACGUCUUUGGGCAAGAUUGAAGAGGCCAAUAGAAUUCGAUCAUUGAUGAAAAGGAAAGGAGUAAAGAAAACAUCUGGUUUCAGUGUUGUAGAGGUGGAAAACAAGGUCUACAAGUUCUUAGUUGGGGAUGAGUCGAAUCCUCAAUCUGAUGUGAUUUAUAAAGAGCUUGAGAUGUUAACGGCUAGGAUUAAAGCAGCAGGGUAUGUGCCAAAUACUAACUUUGCGUUGCAUGAUGUGGAAGAGGAGGCGAAGGAGAGCUCAUUAUAUGUUCACAGUGAGAAGCUUGCAAUUGUGUUUGGGCUUAUGAACUCUGAACCUGAGAGUGAGAUUAGGAUUCAUAAGAAUCUGAGGGUUUGUGGAGAUUGCCACACUGCUACCAAGUUCAUCUCUAAAGUCACGGGGAGGGAAAUAGUGGUAAGAGACUCUUACAGGUUUCACCAUUUCAGUGAUGGUGAGUGUUCUUGUGGGGAUUAUUGGUGAUUACUGAUUGCUAUGAGAAAAGCUUAUCAGGUUAAAUUGGCAUUAUUGGUGACCCUGCCCAUUUUCAGCAGCAUUACUGAGCUCUGAGUUAAAAAUAAGAGGGGCGUCUCCCAGCAUAAGUCCUGCUGGUAAUCCUAAUUAAUGGGCCGUGAUCUCUCCAUCUCGGUGCUACAAAAUAAAAUCAUAACAUUUAAUCCUCAUCGAAACUUCACAGGUUUGUGCAAUUAUAGGGUGCUUUGACACUAAGAACGUAGGAUUGGAAAUUCUUUUCCUACCUGAGAUAUUUUGCACAACGAUCUGAGUUGAGUUUUACCUCUGAUAGAUUGCACACUACUUCUGCCCUUGCUCAUGGAGAACUGUAAAAUUUGAUUGUUUAGGAAAGAAGGCAGAUUGCGUUAUGAGCACGGUUGGGCUUAAUCUUACUGUUGCUGCGCUCAUCACUUGAAUUGUGAAAUUCAUUUUAUGACUGGUAUGGAUCCUUAAAAUAAUUUUUUUAUUA